GCUAGACCCAGCGCGGCUGUUGCGCGCAGCGGCCCAAAACGAGGCAUAACUGAACACGCAGCGCUGCCAAAACGUGGCUCUGUGGUAGACUCAUCUUGCAAGAAGUACUGGCUUCGAAACGCUACAAGUUUACAAAAAUGGCAGCGCAAACAGAGGCAGCCGAGAGCCGCGAGGCCAAGGUCAUGCGCCGCCUGGCCGGCGCCCUCGACGACUACGGCCUCUCGACCAUCGGCAAGUCCGUGGCCAUGGCCUACCUCCGGAAACUUCCGGAAGACGACAUGGCACGCGUCCGCGCGUGGUGGCUGCGCAAGCUUAAUGGUAGUGACCUCGUCCCUCCAUCGAACACGCCGGCGCGCCAGCGCGGCUGCCCCGAGCUCUUCGAAGGAUUAAGGGCGCAACCCGUCUGGUGGCGCGGAUGCGAGGAGACUCGAUCAGAAUUCCCGCCGGAGCUGGCCUGGGUGGCGGACGUCGAAAGGAAUGCGCCGGCGAUGCGCGAGGAGUUGCUCAGACUCAGAGAUCAGGGCGAGGAGCACUUCCAGCCGUACCGCGCGCCGUCGAGCGAGCAGAAGGGCGGGAGGGGCGCGACCGAUAGAGGGGACUGGAAUGUCUUUUAUCUCGAGCUGCACAAUAUGGACUUUGAAGCUCACAGGGAGCGGUGCCCCGUGACGUGUGGAGUGUUGGAGCGCAUUCCUCAAACCUACGGCCACGCGUUUUUUAGUUCCACGGCCUGUAAUACGCAUAUCACGGACCACAACGGGCCGACCGCAAAAAAAUUAAGAUGCCACCUGCCUUUACUCUGCCCGGCCGAGGGCUGUAGAAUAAGGGUGGGAGACGAAAUCGUAAGGAUGGCGCGCGACAAGGCCAUAAUUUUCGACGAUUCCUUCAAUCACGAGGCCUGGAACGACCACGCUUCUGAGGCGCGCAUCGCCCUGAUCUUCGACGUGUGGCACCCGGACCUCUCGGCGCGCGAGGUCAAGUUCCUCAGUUUCCUGCAGACGGCGGCGAUGAAGCGCGCCAAGCGGGUCUGCGAGGCCGCGGGCGUUGUCGGCGACACGUUCUACUCGGUCAUCGACCAGGGGCGGCGCGUGCGGCCCGAGGACGCGCGGGUCUGGGGCGCGGCGGCGGCGGCGGCGCCGGGCGACGCGUAAGUUUUCGUUUUUG